CUGGCUGGUCCACACAACAGCGCCUGCCUGUAAACCCUGUCUGUGCAGGAGGUGGGAGCCGCGCGCACGCGCUCUCCGCUGCCAACUCCGGUCGACACAGAGUUCCAAACAAUCGGAUCCAGGCAACAGCGGGCGGGCGCGCGGCACAAACCCCAGCAGAGCAGGGAAGGGAAUCACCACAGGAAGAUCAUGCCGGGGUUGCCGCUGCAAGAGCGGCCGGCCAACUCCUGCAGUGAAAAGUCCCAAUGCGUUGUGAGAUGUUCAGCGGCCGCUUGGGCAGAGAUGCGGCGGCUGCUGCUCUGAGGACCACGGCUGCCAGGACCGCAGUGCCGCGAGAACAACUUGUUGCAGCUUUCUGCUCCCGUUGGUAAAAUGCAUGUGUCACUGGCUGAAGCCCUGGAGGUUCGAGGAGGACCAUUGGAGGAAGAUGAGAUCUGGGCUUUGUUAAAUCAGAGUGCCGAAUGUCUACAUAACCUGUUCCAUAAAGAUGAUCCUAUGGCCCUUGGCUUCAUCAUCUCUCCAUGGUCUCUGCUGCUCUUACCCUCUGGCAAAAUUUCUUACACUGAUGAAACUCUUACCAACCAGGAUCUGCGAGUGUUUACAGCCCCUGAGGUUUUGCAGAAUCAGGCUUUGUCUUCGCUUUCUGAUGUCGAGAAGAUGCAUGUGUACUCACUUGGUAUGACUUUGUACUGGGGAGCCGAUUACAAAAUACCUCUUAACCAGCCAAUAAAACUUGGGGAACACCUGAACAGCAUAUUAUUGAAUAUGUGUGAAGACCUGGUGUACACAAGAGGUUCAAUGCGAACCAUUCUAGAUGCUUGCAGUGCCCAUAUCCGGAAUAGUAACUGUGAACCAGCUUUUUCAUAUGUCAAGCAGCUGGUAAAGCUUGUCUUGGGAAGUUUAACUGCUCUGAAUCAGCUGUCCUUGCAUCCAGUCAACAAGUUAGAUCGUAGCCAAGAAAUUCGUGAUCGACUAAGGGGCAAGGGUUUUCCAAAAGAAAGAAGUCCAGCUCCCGGUGUAGCAGCAAAAUACAAAGCACAAUUCAGUGAGCAGGCCUCACUAAAUAAAGGACUUAGCAAAUCUAUGGGCUUUUUAGCAAUUACUGAUAGGGCAUCAGAUUUGGAGUCUUAUCAUACAGCUUCUGGACAUGAAGAUACAAGGGAAGUACGCCAAAAAUUACAAUCUCGAUCUCACGGUUUGCGAAGGAAGUCCAAUUACAUUUGUGACCAUGGCAGGAAGAAGCCCUGGACCUCCACAGUCGACCUGGACUGUUACAACAGAAAAAUAAUAGCACCUGGAGAUAGUUCUCAUCAUCGUAAUUUUUGUCCGCAUGGGAUAGGCAGGCAGAUUAAAAACACCCCCCAAAUCGGAGAGAGAAAGCACCCAGACUUGGGGCAAGUAGCAGCCUCACUCGGUCUUCAAAGAUCUCAUCAUACUUCUGAACUUUCCAUCUCAUCUGCUCUCUCGGGUGUUUAUGAAAGGAUAAAAGAACGACAGAAGAAAUUGCACAUCCUGAGAGAAGCAAUGGAUAUAGAUGAAACUACAGGAGUAUAUUCGCCUCGCCAUAGUGAUGCAUAUAGUACAUCAAGUGAAAGCCCAUCUCUUCUUUCUUCUGACCCAGAUAAUCGACAAGUCCGCAGGAAUGAAGAUAUUCGAAGGUACAGUUCUCAUGGUGGUCUAGGUGUGGAGGAUGAGUACAUGAUAGAUGGUUAUAUUCCACAUAGGAGUUCCAGUCUGUAUGAUGUACCAGGGGAUGAGGACAUCAUAAGUCAUGAGUUAAUGCUAAAACGUCAGGAGGAAGAACUAAAGCAGCUUCAAAGCAAAUUAACUCGAAAGCAGUUCCAGUCAGGAGUUCAACAAGCUGACAUAGUCAAAGCAUCCAUGUUGGACAUUAGUAGAGAUAUGGCACAGCAAACAACCCGGACACAAAGAAAAUUCAAGAAUUUCUUUGGGCCUGAGUUUGUUAAAAUGAUGAGUGAGCCUUCGGUCGCUCUGGAUCUUCCCACAUCCAUUCUGGCUAAGAAUGGAAAAGGCGAGGACAUUCGACGCAAAGUGAAUAUCAUAUUACUAAAUGGACAAUGUCUGGAAUUGACCUGUGACGCCAAGACAACAUGCAAGGAUGUAUUUGAUAUGGUGGUUGCUCAUGUUGGUCUGGUGGAACAUCAUUUCUUUUCCUUGGCAUAUUUGAAAGAGAAUGAAUUCUUUUUUGUUGAUCUUGACUCUAAAUUGUCCAAAAUGGCACCAGAAGGAUGGAAAGAUGUGAAGAAAAGGAACAGAAUUGCAAUAAAUUUCAACCUUUUCCUCCGAAUAAAAUUCUUUGUCGAUGAUAUGGACCUAAUCCAGCACACACUGACCAGACAUCAGUACUAUUUGCAGUUGCGAAGGGAUAUAUUGGAGGAGAGGUUGCAUUGCAACAAUGAAACAGCUAUGCUUCUUGCCUCACUGGCUCUUCAGUCUGAAUUUGGGGACUACCAACCAGAGAUUCAUGGGAGAACCUAUUUCCGGCUUGAGCAUUAUGUACCAAUUGGAGUGGUAGAGUCCUUGAAUCAGUCUUACCUGAAGGAAGAGCUGCCUAAAUUACACAUCACAUAUUGUGGAGCCACUGAAUCUGAAUCUGAGCUUGAGUUUCUCAAGGUAUGUCAGAAACUGCCUGAAUAUGGAGUGCUAUUCCAUUGGGUUUUACCAGAAAAGAAAUCGCAUACUGGAAUUAAUCUAGGCAUUUGUUCAAAGGGUGUAAUUGUUUAUAUGUUACAAAAUGGGGUCAGAACAGAGGUCCUUCGAUUUCCAUGGAGAGAUACAAAAAAAAUCUCUUUCAGCAGAAAGAAGAUUACAUUACAGAACACUUCGGAUGGCAUUAAACAUCUGUUUCAGACAGAUAGCAGCAAGACCUGUCAAUAUCUCUUGCAUCUGGUCUCAUCCCAGCACAAAUUUCAGCUGCAGAUGAGGGCACGAAAGAACAAUCAGAGCUUGGAGGAAAUUGAAAUUUUAUCUGUCAACAGUCUGAACUACAAUGGAGACUCGGCAGGUUUAUUCAGCAUGGGCAGAGUGAAUAGUAGUUCCAGUCUUGCUGUCAGUGCACACAGCAAAAUAACUGAUCAGUCACAACUUACACGAUCUGAACUUCUGAAACGCAUGUCCAGGUCCGAGGCAGCCUUGAACCAGCCCCUGCAUAGCAUCUCAAAAGACAAGAUGUACAGAACUUUGUGGGAGCAACAUCCUCCCAUCCUCAGUAAAUCUCACUAUGACCUUCGUCAGGUUUCUGACUUGAAACGAAGAAGCACACCCAUUUUUAGCAGUCAGCUUAUUCACCCUUCAUAUCUGCUGCUGGAUGGAGCGACUGAACUCAAAAUGAAACAUCCAGCUCACCGCUCAGACACAGAGUCUGUGGCAGAAAGUGAGCAGCUGAUCAAGAGCAGUAUCAUCAGUCCAAAGAAGUCUCAGGCUGCCUUACACCGAAGCCCUGCCCGAAGAAUUCGUGCACUUGAUUCAUCAUCUGCUGAAGACUCUAAUCAGGCAAAUGCCAUAGGUACUCUUCAUCAGAAAUGGAGUACUUUGUCUUCACCAGAAAGGGAGCUCAGAUGUAUAAAGCUGAAGAAGGAUGUAAAACAUGGUUUGGGUUUUCAGAUUGUUGGUGGAUCAAAGACAGGAAAGUUGGACAUGGGUAUUUUUGUCACCACCAUCUUGCCAGGAGGCCCAGCAGAACUCGACCGGCAGCUGAACCCAGGUGAUCGUCUGAUAUCUGUAAAUGGAAUGAACUUAGAAGGUGUUGCACACCUUGCAGCAGUGGAAAUUUUACAAAAUGCCCCUGAAGAUGUAACCCUGGUGGUCUCUCAGCCGAAAGAGAAACUUUACAGUAGAACCGACAUUCCUUCCGCAUCUCCUUCCAGUAAAAAAGGAAUGAGGAGCCAGUCAAGGAGUCCUUGUCUUAAAGUGAAUCAACAGGAUUAUGAAGAGGUCUCUUCUUCAGAAGAACAUAAUCAGUCACAAAGUUACCAGAGACCUCAUCCCAUUCAUUCCUUGGUUUUAUCUGAAGAAAAGCGAAGAGGAAGUACCAGUUCCCAAGACUCCAGAACUGAAAGCGCUGGGCUUUCACAAAGCCAAGUUAAUGGUUUCCACAGAAAUGAGAUGUCUUGCAAAACAUUACAAACCACAAGGCAGGAUGUGAUUCAAACAGUAAUAAACAGCACAGGGCUUUUAAGUAGCAUUAAUGUCGAAACGCCUAAAGAAACGGAUUGCUCUGAUCGGGGUGAUUCUGACAUGGAUGAAGCCACAUAUUCCAGCAGUCAAGAGCAACAAAGCCCUGGAAAGGAUUCUCCAGUGGAAAAGACCAAAAGAAGGACACUUCCUGAAAUGAAAAAUAACACAGUGCUAAAGCCAGGAGACAUUUUUCAAGUGGAAUUGGCAAAAAUAGAGAAUAGCUUGGGCCUAAGUGUAACGGUACUGUUUUGCAAGGGUGGUAUAAACACAAGUGUGCGACAUGGUGGGAUUUAUGUGAAAGCAAUCAUACCAGAUGGAGCAGCCGAGGCUGAUGGACGCAUUCGGAAAGGUGACCGUGUUCUUUCUGUGAAUGAUAUCUCUCUGGAUGGUGUGACUCAUAAACAGGCUGUUGAGACUUUGAGGAGCACGGGACAGGUUGUUACCCUGUUAUUGGAGAAAGGACAGCUUCCUGCAACCAGUGUUCAUGCUCCUGUAACUCCACAGUGCACACCUCCAUCAGCAGCCAUUCAGAACGGACCACAUAAAUCAGUAGACAAAGCAGAACCAGCAACAAAUCUCAUGCCAUCAACCACCAAAGACCAUGCUUUUAAUGAGGAAAAUAUAUUUAAGGUCAAGUUAUUGAAAGGUUCCUCAGGAUUGGGUUUCAAUUUUAUUGAGUGCAAUGAAGAUGUUCCGGAAUAUUGCAGAAAUGCAGUAAAAAUAAAGAAACUAUUUCCUGGACAGCCAGCGGCAGAGUGUGAGAAGAUUAAAGUUGGAGACAUCAUACUAAAAGUGAAUGACGUUCCUUUGAAAGGACUGUCAAAGCAGGAAAUAGUGUCUGCCCUCAGGCGGACAUCACCAGAGGUCACUCUGUUACUUUACAGGUGCGGUGCACUGCCCGAUACUGACUCCUCUUUGAGUGCAAAUGAUCCUCUGUCAAAAGAAAUAAAUGGAACCAAACUGCAGAAACAGCAUCUGGACAAUUCACAGCUGUCCGAAAAGAUGAACAAUAUGAACAUGGAUGAUGAUGACCUAGAGAUUGCAAAUGAAUUUCAGAAUGCAAGGCCAAAGUCUUCUCGAAGGGAUGGUUUUAGUGUCAACACAGACUGUGAAGAUAUUGAUGAUAAUUCCAUGUUAAAAGAAGAUGUAAUUGUCAAUAAGAAAAUUGCCUGUCAUGUAUCUGGGAAUACAAUAUCUUUCACCACCGAUCAGUAUGACAUGCAAUACAACCAGGAAGAAAGAAUAAAAAAUACUUACUUUGUCACACAUUCAAAAGUGGAUCUGAUGAACAGAAAGCCACCUUCACCAAUGACUCUUGACUUUACAACAGAGCAAGGUUGUGGACUUGAACCUGAAGUCCCCUCUCCUACUCCAGUCGAUGAGAAGUACAUUAGUUCUGGCUCAAGUUCAGAAGUGGAAUCGUUAUCCUCUUUGAAUACAGCGCAGCAACAGGAGGACACUGGAAAACACAAGGAAGAUGAGCAGGAGAUAGAAUUACAGCCGGAAGCAGAGUUGCACGUUACAUUGAAAAAAACAGAAAUGGGAAGUCUAGGUUUCACUGUGAUUAAAGGGGAUGAUGACGUUGGUUGCUACAUUCAUGACGUAAUCCAGGACCCUGCGAAGUGUGAUGGACGGUUGAGGCCCUGCGACAGGCUCAUUAUGGUGAAUGGCGUUGACAUCACCAGUAUGAGUCACACAGAAGCAGUGGAUUUUCUUCGAUCUACCCCAGAUACAGUCACUUUAGUAAUCGGACGGGUACUAGAGAUACCAGAAUUUCCAAUCAAGCUGGAUAUGCUCCCUGAUAUCACAAUGACAUGUCACGAGCAUGAAACAGGUCUUUCUCUGGCAGGAGGCAGUGAUACACCAUAUCAGACAGUUUACAUAAGUGGCAUUGCUCCAGGUUCAGCAGCUGAUACAGAAGGAAGUCUGCAACCAUUGGACCUUAUCCAUCAUAUUAAUGGGGUUAGCACAUAUGGAAUGACAGCUAUUGAGGCAAGCAGAACUCUUCAAAAUGCAAGUCCUGCCAUCAUCUUAAAAGCCACCAGAGAUGGAGAGCCUGUAUUUGCAAACACUGCAAUGUCUUCCUUUAAACAUUGUGCCAAAAAUGCAAAACGUAAUGAAUCUGUUAAAUUUAAUGGACAGAUUUGUGGAAACAGGAAGAUUGAAUGUGAUGCAUUGUCUAACACAAAUAUAUCAGAGAAUGAAGUGCUGCAAGUAAAGCUUGAAAAGCUUCCCUCAGGAUUGGGCUUCUCAUUAGUGGGUGGUGAGACUGGUAUUUUUGUAAAGAGUAUUCAUCAUGGUGGGGCAGCUGCUGUAGAUGGAAGGCUACAAGUUGGUGACCAAUUACUUCAGGUUAAUAGCGAGUCUGUGGUAGGAUUCUCCCACAGUGAAGCAGUGGCAGCAGUGCGUAGAACCACGGGGGUGGUGAUUUUAGCUGUCUCAAGAGCUAAAUCUGCCACCAAAGGGAGCAACACAAGCAAGGGUGCUGUCACGACUGUUUCUUCCCCUGAGGUGCAGAAUGAUGCAGUAAAUAUCGCUCGCCAAAAAGCUGGGAUGCUCGGGUGUCUGAGUCAGGUUGUUCAGCCAGAACCCAAUAAGUGUUUUCCUUCGAUUCCAAUUACAUCUACACCAAGAAAUAUUACAGAGAAUAGCUUGCGACCUACAGAGGAACCUAAAUAUUUACGUGAACUGAUGGAAGACGAGAAAUCAGUCAAAUCUGAAGAUACAGAUUGUGAAGGUAUUUCCCUGCCUGAAGACUCUCCUGAGCCAGUUAGGAAAAUUUGCUACCACCAUUCAACAACUGUAGAGAAACCAGUGCAGGAGCACUCCAUUAAACAUACAGCCUCAGAAAGGGCACACAGGCCGGACAACACCGAGGAGGAUGAAAUUAUCUGGGACAGUGAAGAACUCCCAAUUGCCAGUCUUCAGCAGGACACUUCACUCAAAGAAGAAUGGCCGGAAACAAUAGAGAAACAUGCUGUCCUUUCCAUUGUAAAUGUUCCCCCAGGAAGCCAGUAUACAGGUUCUAAGCUGGAAGCGGUCAUUAAAACAUUACGUGGAUUGCUGGAACAAAAUAUUCCAAUACAAGAAUUUGAGAAUCUGCAGAACCUGACACCUUUAGAUGAAUGUUUAAUUGCACAAACAAAUGAAAACCGGAGGAAGAACCGAUAUAAAAAUAUAUUACCUUAUGAUGGCACUCGGGUUCCACUUGGAGAAGAGUGUGAAUACAUUAAUGCCAGCUUCAUAAGGAUUCCUGUGGAUACGGAAGAAUGCACAUACAUUGCCUGCCAAGGACCACUACCUCACACAAUGGCAGACUUCUGGCAAAUGGUUUGGGAACAGAAAAGUAAUGUCAUUGCCAUGAUGACCCUGGAAGUCGAAGGAGGAAAAGUGAAUUGUCACAGAUACUGGCCGGAGCUUCAGGGCCAAUCCAUGUUAAUAAAAGACAGAAUUAAAAUAACCCUUCAGAAUAUACAAGCCCGGCGAGAAUUUGUUGUUCGGAAAAUAGAGAUGAAUGACUUGUGGAGCGGUGAGUCACGACAUGUCACCCAUUUGAACUUCACUGCCUGGCCAGACCACGGGACACCAGACCAACCGAAACAAUUAGUUGACUUUCUCACCGCCUUGAGAUGCAUUGACAAUUCUGGCCCCUUAAUUGCCCACUGCAGUGCAGGGAUUGGUCGUUCUGGCGCCCUCAUUUGUGUAGAUGCAGUGCUGAAAUUCAUCAGUAAAGGUCUUGAUUUUGAUAUUUCCUAUAUUGUUAAGACUAUGAGAAACCAACGGCAUGGGAUGAUCCAGACUGAGAGCCAGUACAUAUUCUGCUAUCAAGUCAUUCUGCACGUUCUCACUCAACUCCAUGAGCAGGAGGAAAAAAUGGCAAAGACAUGAAAUCCAUUUCUGAAAUGGUUCAAACAAUUGGUAUUGUGUCCUUCCAACAGGAACGUGAAACCAGCAUUCACCAACAUUCCUGCCUUAUUCUAGAAGCAAAUGUGUACUUUUUUUUAUUAUUUCAACCUCAAAGAAUGUGGUCCAAGAACAAUAUUCAGGAGAAAAAAAAUGUCAGAAGCUGAAUAUUUUGUACUUACUGGAUUUAUUAUAGAUUAUAAUUAUAAUACAAACUUACUAAAUCGUUAUGUAUAAUGCAAAUCUUAAACUAUGGUAAUAGUUGACAAUUCACAACUGCAACUGUAUUUUAAGCACAUGUAUAAGUAAUGCUGAUCCCCAGUUUACAACAGUUCAUAACAUUGCAGGGUCUUUGUUGGGAACCAAUGUUUUUUUUAAUUAUUUUACUGUACAGCCAAUGAAAACAGUAUUGAUUUUAUAUCUUUCAUGGGUUUACUUACAACGAAAGUUAAAUAUUUCUAUAUAAACCAAUUUCCUAAUUGCUUUCCAUUUAUGACCCUUGUACAUAGUUACAUUUAACAUUUGUCUGGAUAUAAUUAAAAGUAUUAUUAGCAAGAUUGUAAAUAAAAAGUGGAAAUCUGUGGGUCUAAUUGGUAUUUGA